GUUUUAAACAACGCUGAUUCAUAAGCUGUCAAAAAAUUGUUAUCUACUUUUGUCAAGAGGUGUAUAUUGAAAAAAACGAUUUAUUUCUAUAACUUUGUUUUGUAAAAGUGUAUAAUAAACGUUCAAUAACAUGGAGAAUAUCGCUAAUUUGGAUAAAUCAGUUGUCACAUUAAUAGUUGGUGAUAAAAACGAACAAAUUGAAAAUGAGGUAAAAAACAAUGAAAAAUGGAAAUUCUGCGCACAAAGCGAAGUUUCAACAAUUAAAAAUGAUUCCUUUAACACUAUUUUAACCCUGGUUAAAGAUGAUCUACUCUCAAAGGAAGUUGUAAGGAAAUUACUGGAAAUAUUAACACCAGAAGGCAAAUUGUUGCUUAAAAACGUCGCAAACACUUCAGAAGUUGAAUUCCUGCUAAAAACAAAUGGAUUCACGCAAGUGACAACCGAUAACGACGACAUAACCUCUCAAAAACCGAAAUACUCCCUAGGUUCAUCGGCAAGCCUAAACCUUAAAAAAACAGCCCCAAAAACAUGGAAAUUAAACGAUGUCGAUGAUAACGACGACGAAACGAUCGACCCCGACAAUUUAUUGGACGACGAGGACCUAAAAAAACCUGAUUUCAGUUCACUGAGAGUUUGUGGCACGACAGGGCAACGUAAGGCCUGUAAAGAUUGCUCUUGUGGCUUAGCCGAAGAAUUGUCUUCUGAAACCAAAAAAGAUAAUGCGGAUUUACCCAAAUCCUCAUGCGGAAGUUGCUAUUUGGGCGAUGCUUUCCGAUGCGCAAGUUGUCCAUAUCUGGGAAUGCCAGCUUUUAAACCUGGGGAAAAAAUACAACUUUCCGGAAAUCAACUUCAGGGAGAUUUGUAGUUAUUUUUGGUGUAUUAAAGUUUAUUUGUUUAGAUUAAGUGUUAUUACUGCCCACAAAGCUAAAAAUCCUUAAAAUUAGGUUCAAUUCUGGUAUUUUUGUCGAAUGUCAAAAUUCUGUCUAUAAAAAGUUUUGAAAUGUUUAUAUAUAUACAUAUAUACGUAAUUUAAGCCAAUUACACUAAAUUAGUAGUGAUUUAAGUCGAUUAUAUUGCUUAAUUUACUUAUAUUUUGAUUUUUAAAAAU